GGCGAGCGCUGAGCCUCGGCGGCGCGGCCACGUCGGCGCCCGCGCACGCCUCGCAGAGGCCGCCGCCGCCCCGACGGCGAGCAGCGGCUGGGCGAGGCGGGCCACGUCCGCGGCGCCCUCCUCGCGCCUGGAGCGACGGCUGGCGGCUGGGCGCGCGGGCGGCGGCGCUCGUGGCCUGCGCCCGCGUGGCCUGCGGCACUGCCGCUCGGCGCCGCUGCGGCGGCGGCGGCGGCGGCGCCGCCGCGCCGGCCGCCGCGACGCCCUGGGGGCUCUACCUGGCCGCCCUGCGCAGCUCCCCCGUGCUCACGAAGGGGGCCACCUCCGCCGCGCUGGCGGCGCUGGGCGACCUGCUGGCGCAGCUGCUGGGCGGCCAGGGCGCCGCGCAGGCCAUCGACGCGGCUCGCCUCUGCCGGUUCGCAGCGGUGAACGGGAUCCUGGUGGGCCCCGCGUUCCACGUGUGGUACUCCGAGGAGGGCGAGUACGGUUGGCUCAGCACGGCCGUCGCCCAGCGUGGCCUGCGCGGCGCACUGCGGAGGACGAUUCUGGACCAGCUGGUCUUCUCGCCGGCGUUCCUCUUUGUCUUCCUGUCCUGCGUUCGGUCCACCUCGGCGUCUCCGGUGGCUUUGAUGCCUCCUCCACUGGAGCUCUGGCUGAAGGCAAGCUGCGCGAACUGGCUGGUGCUGCCCAUCACGCAGUUCAUGAACUUCUUAGUGGUGCCUGUCCAGUUACAGGUGCUGUUCAGCAACGUUGUCGCUGUCGGCAUGAGCGCCGUCAUGUCGUAUCUGGCGUCGUCCCCGUAG